AUGAAUGCAUAAUUGCAAUUAAAUAAACCAUUCAAACCAAUAGGAGAUAAUGAAGAUGUUUAAAUCAGUGACUAUUCAGUUUAAUUUAAACCUUAAAAUACUAUUUGUAAAUUUAAGAGAACUUAAAGAGUAGAUUUCAUAUCAACAUUUUACACCGGAAACGUGCCUUCAUCAUCAAAAACACCCAUUAAAGGAAUACUUAAAUAAUGA